AUGUGGCGAGUAGACGUCACCAGUGUGGAAUCGUGGUCUAGUGGCAUGAAUCCCGCUUCGGGUGCGAGAGGUCCCGGGUUCAAUUCCCGCACUUUGGGAACAGCAUUCAAGUUGGCUGCUAACGAGACUGGGGCAAACUUUCGUCAGGAUGGCUUUACGAGUGCCACACUGGUGACGUCUACUCGCCACAUUUACCUCGUGGUCUAG